CAACAAAUUAUGGCAACAACAACAACAAUAAUAACAACACAAAUGGGAAAUGUAGCAGAAUUCUUCUAAUGCGCUGUGUGUGACGAAGUGACGUAGAAAGCAAGACUCUUGGGAAAAAGAGCACAAAGCGCAGCACAAAAUACACAAAUACACAUACACACACACACAUCACGUACUCACACAUACACACAAACACACACACACACACAAACAGUGGACGUUGGCAAAGACAGCGACGGCAACGGCGGCGGCUAACGCAAAGCAACAACAAUAAAGCAACAAUGUAUUUUAUAACGUGAAUUGGCCAGCAGCUUUAAAAUUUACGCAACGCCACGCCCCCUUUACAACGCUAUAUACGAUACGAAGAUAUAAAUUAACGAUAAGUUGAGCUCGAAGCCAGGAAAUUUGAUUGGACUGGAUUGCUCAACAACACAACACAAAAAUGGACUGGGCCGAAGGUGAUUUGGUCUGGUUCGAUCCAGGCGUGGGACAUCCCAUUCCCGGUGAGAUUCAGGAGGUGCACCGUGCGGCUCAAGUGAUUGUUGUUCAGGCACUAAUCAAGGGCAAGCCACAAACAUUUGCGCUGCAGCCAGGCGAAGGAAAUUUGCGACCGCGCCAGGACUUGGGCAGCAGUGGUGUGGAGGACAUGACGCUAUUGGAUGACCUGCACGAGGCCUCAUUGCUCUGGAAUCUGCGCCUACGCUAUGACAAGGGCCUAAUCUACACUUUCGCUGGCAGUAUUCUGAUUGCUGUCAAUCCGUACAAGAUGUUUUCGGAUGCUUAUGGCUUGGAGGUGGCUAAGCAAUAUGCAGGUCGUCCAUUGGGUGCUUUGCCGCCACAUUUGUUUGCGAUUGGCGCUGCGGCGCAUGCAGCGCUGCCGUCACCACAAGUGGUCGUCAUCUCGGGAGAAUCUGGUUCGGGAAAAACGGAAUCGACGAAACUAGUUAUGCAGUACCUGGCCGCUGUGGUUCCGGGUGGUGGCUCAGCCUCGGCCGUAAUUACGGAGCAAAUCCUGGAAGCAGCUCCUUUGUUGGAAGCUUUCGGCAACGCACGCACUGCCCGUAACGACAAUAGUUCCCGUUUUGGUAAAUAUCUAGAGGUGUACUUCAAAAGCGGUGCCAUUGUGGGUGCCAAGAUAACGCAGUACCUGCUGGAGAAGUCCCGCAUUGUGACACAGGCGCCGGGAGAGCGAAAUUAUCACGUCUUCUACGAGAUGCUUGGAGGCCUAGCUGAGGCGGAACGGACAAAAUAUGGUCUACUUGAGGCGGACAAGUAUUUCUAUUUGAAUCAAGGUGCCACAGACUGUGCGCCAGGACGAGUGGACUGGGCGUCGUUGCAAAGUGCCAUGCAGGUGCUGGGCGUUUCUGAGGGAGAACGCGAGGGAAUUGUGCGCGUCCUAGCCGCAGUGCUACAUCUGGGAAAUGUGUACUUUCAUCGUAGACAGCUCCGCCAUGGCCAAGAGGGCGUCGAGGUGGGAUCAGAUGCUGAGAUAAAAUGGGCUGCCCACUUACUGCACAUAAACGCCGAGGGCUUGCACCGUGCGCUGACCAGUCGCACUACAGAGGCACGUGCUGAACGUCUUUUCACGCCGUUGGGCAUAGACCAGGCACUGGAUGCCCGCGAUGCCUUUGCCAAGGCUCUUUAUGCAGGCCUCUUCAAUUGGCUGGUGUCUCGCGUCAAUUCAAUUGUACAAAAGGGCGGCACACACGAUGCUCAUCGCAUUAGCAUCCUGGAUAUUUUUGGUUUCGAGGAUCUGGCAGAGAACAGCUUCGAGCAGUUGUGCAUCAACUAUGCAAAUGAAAAUCUGCAAUUGUAUUUCAACAAGCAUGUCUUUAAAUUGGAACAGGCAGAGUAUGCGCGGGAACGUCUGGAAUGGACACCUUUGGCCUGGGAUGAUAACUUGCCAGUCAUACAUUUGCUGGCCAAAAAACCAGUUGGCAUUUGCCAUCUAUUGGACGAUGAGAGCAACUUUCCCCGUGCCACAGACCUAAGCUUUCUGGAGAAGUGCCACUACAAUCAUGCUCUAAACGAACUUUACGCACGUCCACGCAUUGGUGCUCAGGAAUUUGGCGUCACUCAUUAUGCCGGACAGGUGUGGUACUGUGUGGAUGGUUUUCUGGACAAGAAUCGGGAUGCCUUGCGUGGAGAUGUGCUCGAACUCCUGGGCUCCAGUCGCCUGCCUUUGGUUGCCGAGCUUACGAAACAAUUGCGCGCUCAACGGGAUGCGGGAAAGACGCUGCCCAAGGGCAGUAACGGACGUUUCGUGACUAUGAAGCCAAGAACGCCGACGGUGGCCGCACGCUUCGCAGAUUCCCUUCAGCAACUGCUGCAGUCUAUGGGUCGCUGUCAUCCAUGGUUCGUACGCUGCAUCAAACCGAAUCAUGAAAAACAUGCACUGAGAAUGGACAUGCCUUGUGUGUUGCAACAGUUGCGCUAUUUGGGUAUGCUGGAUACAAUUCAGAUCCGGCAACGUGGCUAUCCAGUGCGUCUGCGUUUCCAGCACUUUGUGGAACGCUACCGUCAUUUGCUAACCACACCCCUGGCACGGGGCACGCCUUAUCGGGAGCUAUGCCGAGCACUCUUAGAAGCUAUGCCACGUACGGGUGUGGAUGGGCCGGAUUAUCAGCUGGGAGCGACGCGAGUUUUCCUGCGUGAGGCCCUGCACCGAGCACUGGAGAGUGGACGUACGGAGCGACUUCGGGGAGCAGCAGUAAGCAUACAGCGUCAUGUUCGUGGUAUGUUAGUGAGAAGAGCAUUGGCUAGGCGCCAAGCCGCAGCCACACGCUUGCAAGCCAGAUGGCGUGGACAGCGCCAACGGAAGCAAUAUCUGCGUCUACGUCGAGGAGCGGUCACAGCGCAAAGCUUGUGGCGUGGACGUCGAGCUAGAGUGCGUGUGCAACAGCUGAGAGCCGACCAUCGUCGACGACUUGAGGCACAACAGGCAGCACAGCGAGCGAGGGAGGCUCGUGAGGCCAAGCAAGCGGCCAAGGAGGCUGAUCGCAGCCAACUCAGUUAUUUGGAUAUACCUGCCGAAUUGGCCUUCAUUUACUCCAAGCUAGAUGGAUGGUCGCCACCACACGGCGAUCGCCACUUAGUCAAAGUGCUGGGUACCGUUCCAGGACCACCGGCAGCGCAUGCAGAACUUCCUGCGGAUCUAGCGCAGUUUUCCUUUGGAAAGUUUAGUUCAGUUUACUGCAAUGGCAUGCGAUUGCAUCCUCGACGUGAACCUAUUACUACUCCCUUUUUGACGCGUGCUGCUUCUCGAGAUCAGGACUUUCAAGAUGCACUGGCCGUAUUCAAACUCAUCUUGCGCUGGAGCAACGACAAGGCGUUGGACGGGGCCAAGGAGAAGGUGUUGGCCGACUAUAUUGUGCACAAGGGACUUUCAUCAAGAGGACUUCGCGAUGAGAUUCUGGUCCAGAUAUGCAAUCAGGUGCAUGGGGCGGAGGGAAUGCAAGCAACACGUUUAUGGCAACUCCUUGGGCAAUGCUUGUGUUGCUUUCAGCCCAGCCCCGCCUUUGGCAAGUAUCUGAUGAAGUUUGUAGCCGAUGAAGCACCACAGCCGCAGCAAGAGCAACUCUUGCGUCAACUGCUGCGCCAACAGAGCGCUGGAGCGAAUGCCAGUCGCAGCUUUGUCCCAGCCUGGCUAGAGUGGCGUGCGAAUUCGAGGGCUUCCGAUAUGGCUGUAGCGCUUACUUUACCGGAUGAAGGCACUCAAACAGUAGCUAUUGAUUCCUGGACUUCCUGCGAAGAAGCUGCUGCACUGGCUGUGUCGACUCUUGGUGUGGCUAGUCGUGGCUGGACAGUAGUGUUGGAUGACGGUCAACAGUUGACAGAUAGCUGUGGGUUGGACUAUGUACUGGAUCUGAUUGCAGAAAAGGAGCUGUGUCCUGCUUUCCCAGCACCGCGCAGUGAUCUACUGCGUUCAGGAGCCAAGUUUGCACGCACCUCGCUGCCCGAGCAUGUUGCAGGAACUGGAGUUACAAAGCGACCUGGUGUGCCGCCUCCAGCGCCCCCUGCACACAAGGAUCUGUCAACGCCGACACCUCCUCAGCGCAGAAGUUCCAGAGAGUUGUUGUCACGCAGUUCAGCCCUGAAUGAACGUUACUUUGAACGGGAGGAGCAGAGCAAGUCACGAUCCAAGUCAUUGGAUGAUUUGUUGGCCGGCGAUAUUGCAGAUGCGGAACCAUUGCCGGAAUCGGAGACGGAGCCUUUGCACACGCUUGGGCUGUCGGAAAGCCGCCUUAACGACCGCUACCAUUCGGCCGAGCGUCUAGCUCCAAUGGGCAAAGAGGCAGCCCCACGCUAUCAAAAGUCACAGAAUGCCGGAAGACGUUCGCAUGCCUCGCAUGGCUCACAUUCAAGUAAAUAUAUGGAUAAAUCAGAGUAUGCGACGCGUUCUUCGGCAAUGUCGGAUACUAGUGAGGCACCUUCGCUGGCCUCGCAUGUGCGACGUGUACGAGUGCCCUCGCAAGCCUCGGAUGUGGAUCAGUUCCUUGACGAUCUAUUCAGUCCUGUUUUGGAUGGUUCAUUGGAUGAGCUUUCGGAUGCGCGUUCACUGGCGGCUAGCAUACGUGGUGGGGGACGAAAAAAGCCCCUGGAAGAUCAGCCACAGCACCAUCAGUCGAAUGGAACCACAAACGGUGGAGCUGGAAAUCUGGAUGACUACAUUACAGGACUGUUUAAGCCAAUUUUCGUGAGCGAGGCCGUGAAGACGUUGACCACGCAACAGGAACUGAUUGAUACCAUCAAGGGAGGCGGAACCACUGCUACUAGCAGUACAAGUCUUACCAACAAUAAUGCGGAUAAUCUGAUGCAGCUGGUGCAGCUACCAGCUGAUACAGAUGCUUCGCCCACACUUUACCAACAGCAGGUGCAGCGUGCUUUCCUGCAGUCAGCCAUGGCGCAGAAUCUUCAGAUCCAGCAACAGCUGCUGGCUCAGAAUCAGGCGCUGCAAACUCUACUUAGUCAACAAGAGCCGGCCGCAGGUGUCACGGUGGCUACUCCACCACCUAAUAGCAGCACCUCACCUACACCACAGAUAACAACAACGUCAGCUCUGCAGUCACCGAUACGCGUUAAGAGCCGCAUAUCCCAAUUUGCGGCCGAAAAGCGCAAAAUGUCUGCGGAGGUCGGUGGGUCACUGAUACCACCGCCGCCACCACCACCGCCCAUGCCGCCACCAAUUGAGGGCAAGGAUCCUUCAGAGACACGACAUUUUCUCGAUCCUUAUGGGCGCGCUAAGACGGUGCGCAUUGGCAAAUGGCGCUGGCCACCGCCCCAGGAUGAGCCACAAUUUCAAACUGAGGAGGAUUUCUUUGCCUUUAAAAUGCGCCAGCAUCAGCGCAAGACGACACCACAGUCACAACAGUUUCACUCGAGUAGCAAUGGUUCUACCCCUGCUGGUAAUGCCGCAGCUAUUGAAUGGGAAGAGUUUGAAAUUGAGACAUCGAAGAGUCCAACACCACCGACGGGUCUCAGUCUGCCGGCCAUGCACACCACACAGCUGGUGCGCACCACCAUCAAGCUGGAGACGACUGGAGGCAAUGGAAUCGCUGUUGGCAAGGAUGUGCACGAUGCCGCGGCUACAGUUAACACUCAACAAACGGUCAUCACUGCCACCAAGUUGGCUAAGAAGAGCUUCGAGAUUGGCGCCGAUCGUCCACCACCAGGUAGCGUUGGGAAACUUAAGCUUAGCUCCGAGAUGCGCCAGCGUUUGGAGCAAGUUACCGCCGGACACUCGGUGCGAUCCACGGUAUCCAACAAAUCAGAGCAGCGUGCGCCUGCCAAGCUGGAGGACACACGCAAGUUAAUGCUGCAGCAGCAGCUGGGUGGUCUGUUUGGUGCGCAGUCCGGAGGGGAAGGUUCACCCACAGUGCGGACACAAAUUGAACGUAUGGAGGGAAAGCUAUCUCCACCGCCACAGCUCUCAGGCGCAUGGCCUGGUGUGGUGCCCCCCGCACCCAGUGUUCCAGCACCACCUCCACCCAUAAGACCACCCACUAUAGCCCCGCCCGCACCUCCGCCAGUGCCGAAGAGUCCCGUGGAACAAAUAGAGAUGGCCCCAGAGCCGGACUACCGUAAGGAUGUGCCUGCUUUCAUUCAGCGACAGGAACGCGAUACUUUUGGUGCCGCACGCCACAAUUGGACGACAUCUGCAUCAGCAGUAACCACACACGAUGCAAUGGCCGAAAGUAUUCGUCAGCCCAUCACAUACGAUAGCUGGGGACGCAGCGAAGCAGCUAAGCUGCAAUUGGUCUAUGAGACUAGCUACAAACAGGACCUGCAGGCGGAUCGUGAGCGCUCACGUAGUCGUAGUCGUUCUCGUGAUCGCGAAGACUACUCAGAAUCUGUAUGGGAUCGCGCUGAGGUUGAAGGCCCCGCCUCAGGCAGCGGUAGUGAGCGUGAGCGCGAAAAGGAGCGCGAGAAGCGUGAGCGACUCUAUGAGCUGCGGCAAGUGGAAAGAGAAAAGGAGAGCCACAAAGUCUAUCAACCGGCGCCGCCUAAGGUUAUACAGGCCAGCAUGGACACGGCUGUUAAGCCAAUGGGAAUGGGCGGUGGAUCAGGUAAUGCAUCUGUCGCACCUCCCACGUUCCGGACACACAUGGCACAAAAAUACGAGCACGAGCGCAAGCGCAAAUCCUCAGCCAGCUCUUCAACGAUGCAGAGUCUUCGACGCGAUGAUGUUGACAAUGAAACGAACGAGUGGCCAUCGUCUGCGGUCGUCUCCCCGCCGCCAGUACCAGCGCCAGUGCCCCCAACGGCAUCAUCCCUACAGCAACCAGCUAAUGCCUGCCUUACCUACAACCGCGUGCCAUGGAAGCUGCGUGUACGCAAGGAGGUCUUUCAGCCACACGAGCCCAUCGGGCCGCCAGUGGCCCUCGAUUUGCUCUUUGCUCAAGUCGUCACCGAUGUAUUCGGGGUGACGCCCUGUUUACGUAUCACGCCCCAGGAAAAGGGUGCCGCCCUCAAUAUGCUACACGGCCAUGGUGUAAGUGUGGACACGUUAUCAACUCGGGGUCAACAUGUUCGUGCAUUGGUCAAGCGUCAUCUGGUGGAUAUGGCACGCGACUGGCCACUCUAUUUUGCACGCCUUUUUGCAGUGCAAGGGGCGCCACUAUAUCCCGACGUAUCCAUCAUGGGCGUCUCACACAGCGGCCUUUAUUUGGCCCGCCGCGACGCCGACUAUCUGAUUGUGGUGCAGGCCAUCUCCUUUGCUGAGAUACAGAAUGCUAUCACUCUACCGCGACCGGCAGCUCUGCAGCUCAAUUUGCGAAACGGCAAGCAUCUGGCGUUGCAUGCAUCACGCGCUGCCUCCAUACAAUCGAUGAUCACUAGCUUUGUGCAGGAGUUCCGCAAGUCGCAGUCCAAGGCAUCGACACUCUCGUCGGGCGCGCGAGCCGCAGCUCAAACCCUAAACGUGCCGCUGGAGCGCUUGGAAUCCCGUCAGGCUCAUCAGCAGCAGCAGCAACAACAACAACAGCGCAACGAGCAUGGCGCCUCAAAUGGUGAGCGCCUGGAGGAGCAGCAAUCGCAUCUUGAGCUGCAGCAUCAUCAGCAACAGCAGCAACAUCUCGACGAUGGCGUUGAUGAAUCGUCGGGUCAGCAUCAUUCGAUCGAGCACCAUCGUUAUAUGAAACAGCAGAGUUAUUUGCACUCCUCGCGCAAAUCAAAUGCUGGCCAGCAAGCCGGUGUCCUCACCAAUGGACAGUCGUCCGCUGGUCAGCAAACUCAUGCCUCGAUUCAUCAUCAGCAGCAGCAACAGCAACAGCAACAGCAGCAGCAGCAACAUCACGACAUGGUCGCCUCCCAUAUGCAGCCGCAUAGCUUGGACGCCAAUUACAUGCAGGAGGAUACCAAUGGCGGCAUUGGUGGUGGCACCGGUGUCGGAGGCACUCCACCAUCGGUCACCAAAUACUCGCUGCUACAAUUUGCCAUGCAACACUUCCGCAAUGACCAACUUAGCGAAGCACGCGCUCAUGGACGCGACGCCGACAGACAUGAACGGCAUCAGGCGGCCUCAAAUCGCUCCUAUGCGGAACUGGUCAAGUGGCAGGGCCAUCCCAUACGCAUGCCACUGCUGCGUCUACCCAAUGAUCUGGCGCCGCUCGCACUCGAGUGCUUCGAUUGCAUAUUGCGCUAUUGCAGUGAUAUUCCCCUUGAUCCCGACCUGACCGAGGUCAAGUGCGUCUAUACGGUGCUAAUGCAUUGUCACAAAUAUUUGGCGCUGCGCGACGAGGUCUACUGCCAGCUGAUGAAGCAGACAACAGCCAAUCGCUCGCCGUGCCCAGACUCAUCGCAACGCGCCUGGCGCUUGCUCAGUAUUCUGGCCGCCUACUUUGGGUGCUCGGAUGCACUGCGUCCCUACCUGAUGGAGCACCUUACAUCGGCCGCCUCGGACCGACGUCGCUCCUGCCAUGGCACGGCCGCCGUCUGUCUGACGAAUUUGCGCAAGACCGCACGCUGUGGCGGACGGAAGAAUGUGCCCAGUGUAGAGGAGGUGACGGCGGUGUCGGCGGGUCGUUCAGCACGGCGUCAGAUCUAUCGCUUGCCAGGUGGGGCGGAGCGGGUGGUCAACACACGCUGCUCGACCGUGGUGGCCGAUGUGAUUGCCGAACUCUGCGCUUUGUUGGGCGUUGAAUCGGAGGCAGAGCAGCAGGAGUUCUCGCUGUACUGUAUUGUUCAGGGAGAUGCCUUCACCAUGCCCCUCGCGGCCGAUGAGUAUAUACUUGAUGUGACAACGGAGCUCUUGAAGUCUGGCCAACCAUUCUAUUUGAUAUUCUGUCGCUCGGUAUGGCACUUUGCACUAAAGCGCGAUCCAGCGCCCAUGCCACUAUAUGUGGAGGUGCUUUUCAAUCAGGUGGCACCCGACUAUCUGGAGGGCCUGUUGCUGGAGUUGCCCGGCAAUGGAGUGCCCAUGCCGGAGGUUGUGCGCGACAUGGCGCGCAUUGCCGCGCUUCUUCAUCGAGCGGCAGACUUAAGCCAUGUUCCGGCCAUGAAGGAGAUUAAGUUUCUGCUGCCAAAGCCGGCGUUAGGCAUACGAGAGAUACGGCCGGCCCAGUGGGUGGGCCUGGUACAGUCGGCAUGGCCCCAGGUGGCUGGACUCAGUCCUGGCCAGGUGAAGGCUCAGUUUUUGAAUGUUCUCGCGGCUUGGCCCCUGUUCGGCAGCAGUUUCUUUGCGGUGAAACGCAUCUGGGCCGAGGAGGGGCCGCAUGUCGAGGAUAAUCACAGUCCCAUGUGGCGUGACCUGAUAUUGGCUCUGAAUAGACGUGGAGUGCUAUUCUUGGAUCCCAAUACGCACGAGACCCUGCAGCACUGGAGCUUCAUGGAGGUCAUCUCGACGCGCAAGGUACGCUCUGAGGACGGAGCCCUCUUCCUGGACAUGAAGGUGGGAAAUCUAAUGCAGCAGCGCGUCAUUCGCGUGCAGACGGAGCAGGCGCACGAGAUCUCGCGCCUGGUGCGCCAGUAUAUAACGAUGGCGCAGAUCAGUCAGAGGGAGAAACGGGAACUCAAUUAAGGCACAAUGCAAUUUUUUUUUUGUUCAUUUCUAAAUGUUUAAGGAGGGCGAGCAAUGCGUGUGUAUGUUUACAUAUGUAUGUAUAGUAUGUAUGAACGAUUUAUGUGUAGGCCUAUGUCUCUCACUUUUCCACCGCUUUGCACUCUGGCAUUGUCUUCUUCUUCUUAUACUUCGGCAACGUCCCGAAGGCCAUAUUUCCCUACGAAUUAUUUGCAUAAUUUUUUGGAUAUAUAUUACAAGUAUAUAUGUUUAUAUUUUUUUUCUCCCUACUUUUAAGCAACGAAGUGCAAUUCAAGCAGCAAUUAUCCCUACAACGUCCCCAACACAUCACCAGCCCCUCCUGCUUUGUUGUUUGUUUUGUUUUGCUUUAAAAAUUGUAUUUUUUUUAAAUAACUUAAAACUGAAUUAUGAAAAUAUUAUUAGUGCACAUUUCUACAACCCAUUUAAGAGUAGCAGCUUUUUUUUUUAUUUGAAAAAUAUCAUUUGUUAAACGAAAGU